AUUAAAAAAAAGAAUGCCAAAGCAGGAACGUGAUAAACUUCUUUUAACUUUACAUAAUUUUAAAACUGAAUUGUUUUUAUCUUAUGUGGAUAUGAAGUUUGAGGCGGCACUUAUAAACUCUUCAAUUAGUUGGUACAAAUUUGCAUCAUAUAUGAUUGAAGAAGAAAAUGGUAUCCUUUCAAAAGUUCACCUACAUUUUGAUGAUUUUAUCACAAUUUAUGAAGAAGAUCAUGAAGAAUCUUAUGCAAUAAUCAAAAGUAUAUUUCAACAUAAGGGUAACAAUAACAAAUAUUAAGCAUUUAUUGUUGUAGAUUGGUUUGAAGAUACUAUGGUUAAACAUUCAGUAUUAAAAUGUCCACUUUACCGUCUUCAAGCAACAGGAGAUAAAUGGA